UCUUCGAUGAUAGACGCGCCUCUGUUUCGGCUUUUUGUGUGUGUUGUUCCCGCGAAAGGGAAGUGAACGAAAGAUCAUUGGUGUGAUCAAAGAUGAAAUCGAAAAAGCGGCCCAGGGAGAAUACUCCCGUUGUGGACGCCCAGACGGAAGCAGCCGAUCGAGAACAGUUCUUGAAGGCAUUUGAAAAACCAACACAGAUUUAUCGCUAUCUAAGAACCAGACAUCAAAUUUCUCCAAUUAUUCUGCAUAGAACAUUGACUUACAUGAAAGAAAGAAGAUCAGUAGGCAAUUCUAAGAGAAAAAGCUUUGAUGUAAACUCCAUACUGAAGACAAUCACAGAUGAUAAACAGAAAACUUCCACUAAAACAGAGAAAACAAAGUCCUUAAAUUUAAGAAUUGCUGGGUACUUUUGUGAGGAUGAGAGUAAUGACACGGUGGAUGUAGAAGUAUCCCUCCUCCAGGUGUGUGAGAAGCGGCGGGGUGGAUCAGUGACCUCGGUGACGAAGACCUCCUUAAAGACCCUCCAGGUUCCUGUCAACCCCAGCAGAGAAGAGAGUCCAGAACCAUUCACCAUCUCCCAUGAAUGCUUCAACAACAAUCACAUCUUACCCGUCAAACCUCUCAUACUGUGUCUCAGUGUCAACACCUCACCAAAACAUGGUAUGGUCAACGGGCAGUGCAAUGGAAACAUAGACUCAACUGAUGAAGAACUACCAAAUAAAAAGAGAAGAAAUGGUCAGUUUGCUCCAGAUGGUAUUGAAAAGCCAGUUUUUAGCACAGAGGUGGUCAUCUUGGAUAGAAACAAGAAAUGUCAUCUAGUCAAUGGGGACUAUGAGUUUGUUUUACAUGAACAGGGGGCAGACUUUAAGAAUGCAUCCUGGGAAACAGUCAUGAAUGGCAAGCAUGUUCAGGCUUUUGAGGUGUUUAACUUUCAUCCCACACUCAAGUGCUCUAUAGACUGGACCAUUAAUGGUAAACCAGACAGCUCAAUCAACUCAGGGGCUUCAGAUACUCAUACACAGUACAUAAUGGACAACAGACUCGCACAAGUUCCCCUCAACUCAGGGACCAUCUCAAAAGAGGAGGAACAAAGCACUCCAAAGAAAAGGCAGCGUGUAUUUUACCAGUUUCUCUACAACAACAGUACUCGCCACCAGAACGAGGCUCGGGAUGACCUUCGUUGUCCUUGGUGUGCACUCAACUGCAUCCAUUUAUAUGGACUUCUCAAACAUCUCAGACUCUGUCAUGCUCGAUUUAAUUUUAUUUCUGUGCCACAUCAUAAGGGUGUGAGGAUAGAUGUUACAAUUAAUGAGCGCUAUGAUGGAUCGUAUGCAGGGAAUCCCCAAAAUCUCUACAGCAAUGUUGAUAUUGGUUACGCAUUUAGACGCAAUGGACCUGUACGGAGAACCCCUGUCACACAAGUGCUCGUAUAUAGACCAAAGAGACCUGCACAGUCAUUGACUGAGUUCAUGGAACCUGAAAAUGACAUACAGAUCAACAGACAGUUCAUGCAGGGUCACAACAGGCUGUAUUACCACACUAUGACAUCAGAGGUCAUUCGACCACAGGAAAUAGAUGUAGACAGUGAGGAAGAAACCGACCCAAUUUGGCUCCGACAGAAAACCGUCAAUAUGAUUGAUGAAUUUACUGAUGUUAAUGAGGGUGAGAAGGAGUUGAUGAAGUUGUGGAAUCUUCAUGUCAUGAAAUACAAUUUCAUUUCGGACUGUCAGAUCCCAGAGGCAUGUUACUCGUUUGUACGGGAACAUGGAGUGGAACUAAUCAAGAAAAAUCUCAACAAAAACUUUCUGGUCCACAUGGUCAACAUGUUUGACUUCAGCUUGAUUCGUCCAGAUGUAGUUCACAAGACAAUGAGACUUCUGGAUGAAGUAGAUGAUUACAUCCAUAGAUCCUGAGAAUAAGAAAGAUAUACAUGUAUAUAAUUUAUAACAGUUGAGAUCUGUAUUUAUUAACUAGAUCUGUAUUUAUGUUGAAAUCCAUCUCUCUAAUGGAUUUUUAAGAUUAAUUUUUAGAAAGCGGUGACAUUAGAUACGAAAAAAAUAUUUCCGUCCACCUCAAAUUAAUCUUAAAGUCAUCUGUUUUAAGGGCAUCCGUGAUUAUCAAUGGUUCCAGUAAAAAUUACAGGAAAUUGAAUGAUAUUACACUAAUCUGUUUUAAACAAAUCAAGGAUAUGUGUGACAACAAAAAAAAUCUAGAAUCAAAUAUAUAAUGUAGUACUUAUUUAGAUAUGUAUGCCAUCCUUCAUAUCAAAUUCAAGUGGAACUUCAUGAAAUAUAUCUUGUGAACAUUCCAUCCUAACAUGUAUUUUCAGUGUGUACACUUAUAGACCUUUAUACAUAGGCAACUUAAUUUAUUAUUCGAGGAAUUGGAAAACAAUAUUUUAUGAACAAUAUCAGAGGAGGAGUAGUGAUAACUAAAUAUUAUUAUACUAUCAUGUUUUUGAUUUAUCAAAUAUUUCUGAUUGUGCUUACAUUGCAAUUACAGUUUUUAAAGUACAUGUAUUAUACUAACGAAGUCAUAACUAAGUCAUGUUAUUUUCCAAAUUUCCUAUAAUAUAUAUAAAAAUUUAUUGAUAAAUGAUGUGUAUUUGUUAAUUUAUAGAAUGAAUAUGAAGAAACAUUUUUGUGCUGUGUUUCUUUUAUGUACAUGUGUAGGUGUUUAAAAUUUGUAAAGGUUAUGUUGUGAAAUGAAUUCACAUUUACCAUCUACUCAGGGUUAUUUUCCUCUUCCCUAUGCAUCAAAUCAGGAAAAAUAAUCAGGGAUCCCAAAUAAACAGGUCAGUUCUGUAAAGCUCACUUACUCCAAAUGUACCAUCUUCAAAGCAGGUACUGGGCAUUGAGUAAAUAAUAACGAAUAUAUUUACCAGUUGUAUUUUAACUCAAAAUUUCAAAAAUAUUGAAAUGAAUUAAAUGUGCAUUUCAUAUGUUGUACAUGUAUAUGUAUGUAACUUCAGAUAUUGAAGAACUAAUAUAAUUUCAAUUAAAUAUUACAAUUGUAUUAUAGACAGUUGUAAAUUAAGUUGUAGAGUCAUUCAACUCAUACGCUGCCCUAAAGGGUAAGGACCAGACAAGAACUAAGAUGUAUUAAAAGUACAUACAUGUACCAAUAUGUUGGGCAAACUCAUUCUUAAUUUUGUAAUUUAUUAAAAGAAAAGAAAAGAAAAAAAAACAUGUAUUUAUAGCAUAUACAUUAUUGAAAGAGUCUGUAGUACAACACCUGCAUGUAUUUUUAAGAACUACAUUGUACAUUCCAAACUAUCUGUAUUUGAAGCAUUGAGUCUUAGGUUUGAAUCAGUCUAUUUCAAAGGAUGGAUUGAUCUAGGGGCAAUAAGUUUCAGAAAUAAAGUUAUGAUGGGGUUCACACAUUUCUGCUGAUGUGAUUUUAUUUCAAGAAAGUUGUGAAGCUUAAAUGUCCUUUUUGCUAUUGGCAGUUGAACUUGUUAUUUUUAAGGUAUUGAAAUUAGAACAACAAUUUUGGUUGGAACUACAGAUCUGGCUUAAUGUGCCUUCUUAAUUUAUUGUUACCUGUUUGGGGGGGGGGGGGUUCAAGAAAGAGACUUUCUGAGGUACUGUUUAAGAUUUGAAGAUUCAGUGUUGUAUGCACAAUUUUAUGAAGUACAAUGACAUAUAACUAGUGUUGUCAGUGAUAUAUAUAGACUUAAUUAUGUUAUCAAUUCCCUGUGAUGUUGAAACCUGUUAUCGUGUAUAGAGGCCAUUGUUGAAUCAACUUAACAUUAUCAUGAUUAUACAUGAUAAAUCAGAUUUAAAAUCUAUCAUUUAUUACAAUCUCCCUCAUGAUUUUUUAACACUUGAAAUUUUAUGCUUAUAAAAUGAUUAAUUGUUAUUCGUAUUGCAAUUAGUUGUCAGAAAUAAAGUGUGCAUGUCUCUGAAAUACGAAAAAUAUCUAUUUUUUCUGUGAAUUGUGUUACAUGUAUUAUAUGGAUUUGUGCAGCAAGCAUGUAUUUUGUGAAAAUAAAUAAAAUUGUCAUCUGAACAA